AUGAUCGCCUCUCACGCUCGCUUCUGGCAGCCAGAAAGGAUACCCCGCUGUUGCCUCUGGGCCCCGAAGGGACCACGCUUGUUGAGGUCAUACCCAACACAACCAUAUCAGAAUGGUCUUACCACUAGGUAUACCCACGGGGUCCAUAUUGCCGGCAAGAACUUAAGCAUGGCAGAGUGGACCGCCGACCGUUGGGCGGAGAACGGGCGGAAUUCGAGUGUCGUUUCCUACUACGUCUACUUGAACUAUCCCGUCGACAAGUCGCUGAGCUUGACGUAUUCUAACGGAAGCAUCUACACGCCCUCCCUGGAGGAAGCGGUACUGAAUCAGGACGAGACGACCGGCUACCCCGAUCGGAUACUUACCCACGUUCCAUGGUAUUCGGCUAGCGGCAGCGUCGAUGCUGAGUUUGUCUACGUUGGGCGCGGCCAACAAACCGACUUCGAGAGGCUGAUCGAGCUGGGCGUGCCUCUGGAAGGCAAGGUCGCUGUUGCUAGCACAGGCCCCCCUCCUGGUUCGACGAUCAGCUUGAGCAACGCGAUGGAAGAUGUAUACGCCCCCAUAUGGGACUCCAUUGGAAUCAUCAAUGAGACGAUCGGGGACGAGACAAUCGUCAUAGGGAACCAUCGAGACGCCUGGAUUAUUGGAGGCGCCGCCGAUCCGAAUAGCGGGACUGCCAUUACCGUUGAACUCGCCAAGGCGUUUGGAAAGUUGCUGUCUCAGGGGUGGAGGCCACGAAGAAAUAUCGUAUUGUGUUCCUGGGAUGCGAAGGAGUACGGUCUCGUGGGGUCAACAGGGACGAGGCAUGUUGUAAGAUCGAUCUCCGCCCCUCCCGGGGGCCACCCGAGAGGAAGAGCGAAGAGUCCCGAUUAG